CUAGAUGCAGCCAGGGGGUGUGAGUAGGACACAUUAAAAUUAUGAGGAGCUCAGAAGUUACAGUGAUGGAGUUAGAUAAAUAAACCCAUCUCCUGGGAAUACCCUGGUGCAGGGGGACGGCCUCGCUGGUGUGAAGGCUCUACAGCUCCUCUACUCCCACCCUGCAUGGUGUGUACAGAGACAGGAGGAGCUAGCCAUUCCUUCAUGCUGCACUGGGUCUUGCUGCCUCUUAUAAAGCACACAGCAGAGCUUUUGUGAGCCAUUUUCUGAGCACCUCUGUGGAAGAUCCAGGCACCUUAGUGGACUGGCAGGAUGUAUGGCCUCUAUUGUCUUCCCAAUGCAGAUGUUAAAAACCAAGUCCUUUCUGUCCCAAGUGGAAACAAACUAUUAUAAGACAAUUGCCAGAAGAGGAGGGUUUUUGCCCUGAUGUCCUUUCCAAAAUGCCCUGUCCUAAAGUUGUGUGGUGUUGUUCUGUCUACCUGUUGCCUUCCAAUUCAGAGGACACUGCUUUCCGGUGGUAGGGGAUGGACCAAUUUGUGAAGUUCUUGGGGGUCCUUGACUGGAGCUGCAGAAAUGUACGACUAUUGACAAUCCAUUUAUAGCUGCAUAGUGCUUGCCUGACUGUGGAUUUACACUAUCACAAGGUGGCUUUUUGUCUCCCUAGAGUCUGCUACUGUCUGGAAAUAUACAAAUCUGUUGUGUUAGCUCAGAUAACAUAGGCUUGUUUUAGAUCCAGAGCUCCCAGCUUCAGUCCCUGCAAAUGACUGAGCUGGAGUCAUUGUUACAUUUGCACAUAUCCCAUGAAGCACUAGGAAUGUAUUUAAAUCUUCAUCAUUGAAAUGGCCAGCUGGAUGAACAGAACAGAGCUUCUCAUUUCACACAGGGCUCAGCCUCAGAUCCAGUUGUUUGCAACUGGCACAGAAUUCCCAAGAAACUUUCCUCUGCUACAGUCUUUCUGUGUGGUGGGAUGUAAAUAAAUGUUCCACUCACCGCGGCAGGUGCUGAUCCCUGUGCUUUUCUGCUAUGAUUUCCAGACCAUCCUCAUUCACUUACUGUUGUGCCUGGUCACUUUCUACACAGUCUAUUACAUGAUUGGAAGCAUCUGCUCUGGAGCUUUCAGGCUGGACACAUUUGAUGGACUUAUCCCCUUUGAAUUUAACACAGAACCAUCUCACUCAAAUCCCAAAUAUCUGGUCAACUUGCUGUCCAUGGAACUGACCUAUUUUGCUAGCAGCCUUCUCUUUGCUAUUCUGCUGAAGCGAUGGCUCUGGGACUACGCCAUCACUGUCACACUGGUCCACGUGGCACUGACCUCUGUAGUGAUGAAACAGUUCCCUUUGGUGUGGCACUGGUGGCUAGCACUUGGCAGUGGCCUCUUUAUCAUGAUUUGCAAUGGACACCUUGUGACCCACUUUGCUUGCUCAGACUCCAGCAAUCUCACUUUGGAUAGCUACUGACAUUCUCAAGAGAUUCAAGAUCAAGACAAAGCCUUGGAUUCUGCAGCUGUGAGCUACACAGCACAGAGGUAUUGGCAAGGAAUAAAAAGAUGUUUUCAGAUGUGCUGCAGGCCAAGCUGGAUACACACAGGAGAGCAACUCCAGGAGCUACAAUGGCAUCUCUUGUACCAACAGUAGUGAGAUAAUGGAAGGAGACGCAGAAGCCCAGUGCUAGAUUACUGCGGACAAACGGGUCAGCUGAAGCAAACCCAUUAAAGGUUUUAAAAAUUAGGGCAUUAGUGGAGAUGAAGAGGGCCUGAUGUGGAUCUUGCACGUCAGCUGCCAAUUUUAGGAACUUUAGCUAGGAUCACAUCCUGUUCAGUAUGUACCAUUAGAAGCAAUAAAUUCACUUCUCUUCACUGCUGCCCUGUGCUGGCAAAAUGUUUCCCCCGUUAAGCUGAAUGGCUGAUGUCUUGAUAAAACUGAAUUUUCAAUUAACCAGUUAGAUGUCCUUGCGAGAAGGCUUUUAGCACUUAGAAAUCUGCAUCCUGUAAUCAUGCAUUUAAAGACAAAAAGCUGCUCUAAGAUUUUAAGGGGGCUGAGAGCAAAAUGUGCAUGUAUGCGUCCACGGAGGCCUGGGCUCAUAUUCUGGCUGGUCACAAAUGAAACAAGACGUUAGCCUAAUGUUUGAGGGCCCUGAAUCAACAGGAAUUGAGCACAGUACAUAGCCCUUUGCCUUCAAAGCCACCUGUUCACAUUCCAAAGCCACCCCUCACUGCGUCAAAUCCUCCCUUGAUGUAACCAGCUACUUACACCAUGGCUACUGUGGCCACAUUCUGUUUUGCACAGUAGGCUUCUCCAGAGUGGCCCAGGCCUGGAAUGGAUCUUGGUCAAUCAAAAAAGGCAGGGCCUGGGAUUCUGAAGCAAACUCACAUCCUUGUAGCAAGAUCCUCAGGAGCAAGAUCUGACUUCACUCUCCCUUGGCUCGUGCCUUGUUUGUGACCUGCCAAGCAAGCAGGCUCAAGGAUUCACUUGAAGAUGGACUUGCAUUUUCAGUCUUUCACAAGGUAUCAGAUACAACUAUGCAGAGGUUAGCAGGAGAUUUACAUGUCCCCAGGACAAUAAAGUUUAACAAAUUCAUAGCAUUGUGUUCAACACAAUAACAGUAACCCACACAUGCUCACAGUACCCCUCCAAGGGAACUUAUACCCAUUUUGCAGAUGGGAAAAAUGGAGGCAUGGAUGUGAAGUGUUUUAUCCCAGACCAUGGAGGGAGCUGGUAGCAGCUCCACGAUUAGAAUACAGGCGCUCCUGGCAUUCAGCGGAAUGCUAGUUUCACCAAAACAUGCUAUCCCGCGUCAGAACCGCAGAGUUGUCAACUUGCAUUUUUUAAUCAAGGUGGAAAUAGUUUAAAUAGAGUCAAUAGGAAGAGAGAUACAUAGGCAGAGUCAAGCAGAGGGAGGGGAGAUCCUGUGAUGCCUUGGGCUGGAACUGCAGUACUUCUGUGGGUCAGGAAUGAAGAGAGCUGUUAUGAGGGAACUGUGGAGAUAGCCUUUCCUCAGGACUGAACAAUUAUCCACACAAAGCAUCACAAGGAGGUUAACUCACCAGUGGGACACUAUACUGCAACACCCAAUGAUUGCUGCAAGGAGAGGGGACAACUCUGAAUUUCCUUGAUUUUGUGGAAUCCUUUAAAGGGGAAAUUCUGGCAAAAGUUUUUAGACGAGAUGGCUUUAGAGUUAUAUUAACAGACUUUUUGUAUGUUUAGCCUCUAUACAAAGAGAGCCCAGAAUUACUGGAAUUAGGUUUGAUACAAUGCUAUUUCAACAAUUUUUAAGGCUCUUCCACAGAAGCUAUAAUGACUCCAUUCAAAGCUGUAAAAUCCCAGUGAUUUAACUCAAUGGAUCAUGGACCCGCUGGCUCAUUUACAGCCAUUAGCGCCAAUGGGAAUGUAUGCAUGCACAAUAUGUACAGAUAUCAAAGACUGCAUGGAGAAAGGUAGCUGUUCUAGGAUGUAGACACAAUAGCUAACCUGGCUACAGACUGGUCCAAGAUCAGUCCCGGCACGUGCUGGGUCUUAAUAGCUUCCCCGGCUCUCGGGCUGCUCCACCUUCCAAUGCAGAGCCACAGAGGAAGCAGCUUAUGAGCAGGGCCAGCUGCUGGGUCCCAGCACGUGCCGGGACUGAGCCUGCCUGCUGGCUCCAAAUUCAAAUGUAGAGCCACGGGGGAGGAGGGGAGGGAGGGAAGGGAGAGACUUCCCAGACAGGCAGCUUUCAACCAGUAACAUUAACUAAGAAGCAUCAGCUUAUCGGUUAACUGGUUAAACUCUAACAUCCCUUCAGGGAAUCCACUAGAAGCCAGUAGAGGAGUAAUCCUAUUUGAGCCCUUAAUCGAAAAUGUAGGCUGGAACAAGAUUUUACAAUUAAUUUAUAAUUCCCUUGAAAAAAUGGUUUUAUAAUGGAAAUUCUGCCAAGUCAUUAAUUACAAGAGUACUAACAGAGCACUGCUAUAGUCACCCAACUUUGGCAUUAUUAUGCCAUCUAACUGAAUAAUGGUCAGUAGCCUUGACUGAUCAGGAAAUGGUGUAAGAAACCCAUUGCUUAAUUUACGAGAUGCUGGCUACGUAUUUUCCUGACAUGUUGGUGUGACGGGGCACUCGCGCCCCGCACUGAGAACGCGCCGGGAGGCGCCGGGCGGCCAUACCGGGGGGCGGGGAACGCAGCCCAGCCCGCCGCGACGGGCUGCAGUAAUACGCCGGCUGGCAGGGCCCGAGAGGGAGGGGCCGGCGAGGCGCAGGGGGAUGACGUCACGGGGGAAGGGUGGCUGG